AUGCCGGACUGCUACUACUACCCCAAUCCCUUGCACCGAGUCCACGAAGCUAUAUACCUCUCAUCGAACAAAACAACCACAAGAUUCAGCCCCGUGAAGAAGAAGAAGAAGAAGAAGAAGAAGAAGAAGAAGAAGAAGAAGAAGAAGAAGAAGAAGAAGCCCCAUUCCUCGGUCAGGCUGGGCGGGCUUCAGGUGAACGUUUUUGGUCAGAUUGUCGGCCCAAGAUUCUGCCAGGUAUUCAGGGGAUUCGACAGCCAAAUCCGGAUUUGGACCAAAACACGGAAGAAGCAAAAUGCGGAUCUGUUGAAUCUGCUGAAUCUGAUGGGCCUCUCCUUGCUCCCAGAAGGUCACAGCAACCCCGGAACCCGCGACCACAGCCAAACUCCAGGUGAUGGCAACAAUUUCAUUGCCCCUGCAUGA